AAUGUUACUGUAAUUGACAGUCAACUUAUUUGCAAUUCAGCAAUUUAGUUUUCCAAAAAUUGUUAAUACUUAAUAUCAUUAGGGGAUGACAAAAAAAAUCAUUAAAUUAUGGAACAUUGCAAAUAUAAAAUCAAUUCAGUUACGAUUUUUGAAAAAUAAUAUUUCUGUAAAUGCUUUCAAGAUUUAAUAAGAUCAAGAAGGCCGAAUAGAAUUGCUUGGGAAUAAUAAUUCAAUUCACAUUGAAGAUUAUGAUUCUAGUAUUUUGCUUUAUUCUUUUAAAGAAAUACCUAAAAUUCACUAAAAAAGCUUUCUAAAAGUAGGAUCUGAUGGAAAUUAUUAAAUAUAUUGUUAAGAUGACACUAUUUUCAUUUAUGACUAAGAGAACUAAUUAAUAAAUUAAAAAACUAUAGUUGAGGAAGAGUUUCCUGACUUAAACAGCAUUUUUGUGGUUAUGAGUAAAAAUAUUUAGUUUUUCGAUUCUUAAACUUUAGUUUGGAAUGAUAAGACUAAACUUAUUUUUUGGAAAUUCUUAACAAAUUAAGAGUAACAAUUAAAUUUUAAGGAAGAAACUUUGUAUUUAAUUUGUUCCCCAAAUAAGCAGAUAUUUAUAGGUUUAGAUGGUAAUCGCAAAAUAUUGGGAAUCUAUAAUAGUUAGACUGGCUAACAGAUAACCUAACCAUAAACCUUUUAAUGUUCAGUAAUUUUAGGUUGUUUUUCUCCUUGUGGUGAAAAAUUUAACAUAGCACUUAAAGAUGGAUCUAUAUAAUUAUUUAAGUUUGAUUCAAACAAUAUCAAUAAUUGUAAGCCACCUAUUUGUUAUUAAGUCUUUGCAAAAAAUUCUUCAUUUUUUGCAAAUAAUUGCCAAAUAAAUCGAUCUUAAUUUACAAGUACUGAAAAUGAAAAUCUACUGUCAUUAUUUUUAGAAAAGGGAGCCAUAUAUAUAUGA